AUGAGGAAGAGGAGCGGCAGCAGCGGCGACGGGUUCCUCCUUUUCGCAAACCCUAAGCCACCUGCGCUCUCCCUAGGCCGGGGGCUAAUUAUUGGGCCAUACAUGAGCAACUUGACGUGGGCUCUUCUCUAUGGCGUCGGGCCAGACACAAUGGUUGAUGCAGAUCAGCCAAACAGACAGAAGAUUGAAGAGAAGUGGGUCGAACAAGAGCUAAUGAACAUGCCAAUGAUGACAUUUAUGUGGGCCGGGUACUUACAAGUUAAUGGGCCGAGCAGGAAAAAUGAAAGCCUACUGCAAGAAACUAAUGGGCUGAGUCUCCAAAGAGGGCUUGGGCCAAUGGAUAAAAGUAAGGUUUUGGAAGGGCCAAUUAACUUGGAUUGGACGCAAGUUGGGUCAGUCUGGGGAAUUAGACUAAGGUGCGACUCAUGA